AUGAGGGGCGGCCUCGGUCGGUCGGCGCGGCAGUGCGCCGCGCGCGGCCGUCGCGCCGCCCGCCCUGCUGUCGUGCCGCCCGCCCAGCAGUCGCCCGCGGACGCUUGCGUCGCCAGCAGUCGCCGCCGCCCCAGCGAUGCCGUCCGACGCACGCUAUUCCGCGCGAAUAGCCACGCUCGCGAUCUAAGCCCCCGCGCUCACCACGAAACUGAAUAA